UGAGUGAUAUGUGACGUGGCGACUGGAAGUGUAAUCUGUUAUCUCUCUAUUAGUGAUAUCAUAUCAGACGAGAGGAUCUGUAGAGCUCUCAGUAUACGAUCUGAUCUGUAACUACAACUCAGUUUUAUUACUCACAACUCACAGGAUGCUGGUUCGGAUGGUGAUGUCUGUGAUGUUGGCGACACUGGUGAAGACGGAACCCCCUGACGCUUGUGAGACCAUGGAACCCAGUCACGGCGGCAGUCCUCAGGAAGGACCUCCGCCAUUCACAUUCUACCUGCACAAGGACACGAUAAUGAGCCGGUUAUCAGCGCACUUCGCUAUCCUGGGCAGUGAGAGCCAGCACUUCACGGGGUUCAUGGUGCAGGCGCGAGACGACGCCUCAGGGUUGCCGGUCGGGCAGUUCGACACAGGGUGUCUCGACAUCAACACCAUGAACUGCUUCGGCGGUUUCGCGAACACUGCUGUCCACCUCAGUUCGGAGCCCAAGUCUGACGCUCACAUGCGCUGGCUUCCCGAUCUGGACUUUGUCGGGAACGUCACUUUCUUUGCAACGGUGGCCCAGUCCCGGAAAGUUUUCUGGGUGAGGCAUCCUGCGAGAAAAUUGCAAGUUAUCCUUGACAACGCCUGAUCCUCACUUAGCCCUCAGUCUGCAAUAAUAACUUUCCUUCGGAUAUACAAACUAAUUUAAUAUAAUUUAAACAUUCAUUGUAAAGUAGUAACAGCUUUUGUUGUAUAAAAGAACAUAUAUUAUCA